AUGUACCUGCUCAGCUUUCAACAGACUGUAAAGGACAAGAUCUUAGGGUAUGGCUCUCCUUGGCCACAACAGUCAAUUAACAAGUGUCUGUGGCUUAUAAUGGCGACCUCCGGAGAAGGCAGCAACCCUGGGGGCAGGGCAGGGCCCCGGCCCCUGGCGCAGCUGCAGGAGCUGGAGCCUCGGGUGGCCCGCAGACGCCUGUCCCAGGCCCGCCACCGUGCCACCCUGGCAGGGCUCUUUAACAUCCUCCGGAAAACCGUGUACUCCCAGUCUGAUCUCACAGCCUCGAAGUGGCAGGUGUUGAAUAAGGCGAAGAAUCAUAUUCAGGAUCUGGAACACACUUUGGAUAAUCUGCUGCAGCUGAAAGGCUCCUUCAACCUGGAGGACGGGCAUGCGAACAGCUUAGAGGAGGUCAAGGAAGAAUAUGCCAGCAUGUACUCCAGGAAUCACAGCCUGGUCUCAAAUAAGGUUCGUAAGAAAAGCUUUGCCAACUGGUGCUCCAUGGAGGCCAUGGAGAAGGGUGCUGAGGAGGAAGAAGAGGAGGAAGACUCGGAAGAGGAGGAAGACCUGGAGGAGGAGGAAGACCCGGAGGAGGAGGAAGUGGAAGAGGACAAAGUGGAGCCCCUGCACUCCCCUGUCACCUUGUCACCAGACCUCAUGGAAUUCGAACGGUAUCUCAACUUUUACAAGCACACCAUGGACCUUCUGAUCAGGAAUGGGAUUGUGUCCUCUCAGGAGGUCACACUGCCCAUCGUCUCUGCGGCCAUCUCCCACCUGUGGCAGAACCUGUCCGAGGACAGGAAGACCAGUCUCCUGCAGGCCUGGGCGCAGGAGCACAGUGGCCUCCCGGGCCUCCCGGGGGCCUGUCAGGAGACGGCCUGCACCGAGGGCAGCAUGAAGGACAGCGGAGUUGACAGCCAAGGGGCCAGCUGCUCGCUGAUGUCAUCCCCGGAGGAGCUCCUUUUUGAAGAUGCCUUCGAUGUGGCAAGUUUCCUGGACAAAAGUGACGCUCCAAGUACAUCCAGCUCUAGUUCCGUGCUUGCCAGCUGCAACCCAGAGAACCCAGAGGAGAAGUUUCGGCUCUAUAUGCAGAUCAUCGACUUCUUUAAAGGCUUCUGUUGUGUUAACACCCAGUUGAAAGAGGAACCGGACCUUCCCACGGAUGAUGAGAUAAUAAUGCUGAGGUGCAUGGAGACCUUUGACGAUGAAGAUUUGUGAUGCGGAGGGGCUGGGAGGGGAGGGCGUGAAUGAGGUGGACAGUUUCCGAGUUUGCACGUCGGCAGCCAAGGCUGCACCUGCCUCAGCCUCUGGGGCAUUUUGGAUGGAUUGUUGCAGAAGUAUUUCGAUGGCUUUAGUUUGUGAUUAUUAAAAAGUGUUAAGAGUAGCGUGGCUCCAUGAUGGUCUUUCAGGGUUGUUGGGUGUAAGGGGCUGGACCGCUGCAGGGCACACACCUGCUCCCACUGUGCUCCUAUUCAGGGGUAACUGGGUACAGCGGAGGCUCAGGCCAUGAGCCUUUCAAGAAGAGGACAAGCAAGAUCUAUCCCUGGAGGUGCCAUGACACCUUUUAGCACACUCUGGGUUCGGGGUGGUAGUCUAAUGGGUUCUAGAGAGUUCUGGAACCCGUGCACUCUACAUCUGCUGCUUCUGGUAAUAAAGACUCUUGAUGGAGUCCAAGCCAGAUCCUGCAGUGUUCUGAGUGCUUUCUGGUGAGGAUCCUGGACAGAGUGUAUAAUGUCCCUGGGUGUGUACACUGAGUGUGACAUUUGGUCAAACAUUAUUCUAGCUGUUUCCAUGAAGGUAUUUUUAGAUGAGAUUAACAUUUAGAUCAGUAGACUUUGAGUAAAGCAGAUUACUCUCCACAAUGUGGGUGGGCCUCGUCCCAUCAGUUGAAGGACCAA